GAAAAUAAAAGGAAGAAGAAUGAACAGGAGGAGGAGACGGAUGAUAUCAGAGUUGGACGAAGAAAAAGAAGGAGGAGAAUGAAAAGAAGGAGAAAUAAGACUGGAAAAAAGAAGAAGGUCAAAGAGGAGAUGUGGUUAUUGUUUACAGGAGUAACGGGAGUGAACUUCAGAAUCAAGGUUUAUCAAAGGAUCAGACUUUCAUCAGCAGCAUCAUGAUGCGACAGGGGACAGAAAAAGAGAAGCAAGGAGACUUGAGUGAUUUGAAUCAGAAGACAACUGUAGAGCUGAUCGAUUUAUUGGCAAGGCAGGAUAAACUUUUAGCUAACAGGAAAUUUUUGUUGCGAUUACAAGACAAAGGGGCGAGAGUGGAAAGCCUUGCUGAGAAGUUGAGAUUAUUAAUAAAGGAGCGUGAGGAAGUGGAAAGAGCUGCAAAUCUCUUUGAAAAAAUGGACCUUGGUCAAGAGGAUUCCUGCAUUAGUUCCGUGACAGAAAGAACAUCUAUUGACCAAUCAAAAGCAAGAAUUACUGUGACGGAAAAGAAAAAUACAGACUCUGAUGCAGUAUCCAACCCUGGAGACUUCUCCUGGAUUGGGAAGAAAGAAAAGGAAGAAAAGCGAGAGAAAUUCAGGCCAAACAAGGACUUAAAAUCGACCGUUAUACCUGAUGGCUUGCCGAGGCCUUCUAUUGAGCCCUCUCCCGUAAGAGGUCAAAGUUUACAUGAAAGGUCAUCGAUGGAGGAGAGAGAUGCUGAAGAGUCAUCGGCAGUGGUCCCACCGCUCAGGAAUCAAGAAGCUCAGGUCGUGGAAUUCCAGGAGUCUGCCGACCUACUCCAGGAACAGAAGAAACACUCUGAGGCUUUAGUUGCCAAGCAAGCAGCUGAUAGAUUGACGGAAAGACUACACAUGCAGAUGGGUGACUUCAUUCCCCAUGUCCCACAAGGAAGCUACCGAGGUGGAACAGUAGACAGUGAUGAUGAGGAGUCUGAAGAAGAUGAAGACGAAGAAGAAGGAUCAGAUGAAGGAGGGGAGGAAGAGGGUGAUUGAGGGUGCUGUGUUCUUGCGAGAGGUAUGACCUACAAUCAGCAGCAGCAGCAGCAGUGCUAUCCCAGACAUGGAAGGAAAGGUGCAUGAAAGUUCACACAAUGGCACCUUAUUCCAUCUCUGGACAUGGGACAUGUUUAAACAAUCUAUCCACAUGUCCUAAACAUGUCUAAACUUAACUCAUCAGUAUCAGGCAUAUUCCGAAGGUUAAGAUAUGUAGAAGUAUCUGUACCCUGCCAUGUAAAGUGAACUAUCAAGUAGCAACCAUGCGGAAACAUGCUUACAUGCCUCUUCUAUUACAGGAUCUAGACAAAUUGCAGGAAGUUAUGUCUUCUGUAAUCUGCAUGCAGAAACUUAUUGAUUAGUCAAGAGGAAGAGUAUGACACGUUAUUUUAAGGAGGGUGUGAUAACUCAAUGAUAUUCCACUUGUUAUUAAAAAUAAUCAGUGAACUACAUCGAGACAUAAUGGCAGAUAUAUAUUGACUUGUAAUGUUCUAGAAGGAUAAGAUUUGCAUUAAAUAUAUUUUGAAGUAUAAUACCUAAAUAAAGCACAAAAGUGUAACCCGCAAGAUUUGACAUGAUAUGAUUAUGCAUAAGAAAUGGAGGAGGCCUGUUGGUUAUAUGCAUAGAUAUAUAACUUGCAUUAACUAUUAUAAAUGAAUUUAAAAAAUGUCAUAAGGGAAGGUCUGACUUUUUUCUUUAUACUAUGUCCAAGGCCAUGCCUAAUUUUACUUCUAUUUGUAAUAUUGCAAGCCAAACUUUUGAAAGGGGAGGGGGGGGGGGAUGGGGUGAAUAGGCCUCCAUCUGUCACAAACAAGAAGAAACUUCAGUAAGUUUUUAAUAGAAUUAUAAUCUACAGCUUGAUAAGCUACUGUAGUAAAAACGUAAUAUUACAAAGCUUCGUGUUUUGAAGAGAGGAGUUAUAAAGAUCUGAAAGAUACACACUUGUAAA